UUUAACUAUGUUUAAUGUCAGAUAGCAAUAAAGUAGAAGCUGCCGGUCGGGCCCCGCGGAAAUGGGCGAGCAUAAUCUCCUGAAUCCCGGGUUUGUGGGGCCGCUGGUGAACAUCCACACGGGAGACACCUUCUACUUUCCCAACUUCCGCGCGUCCGGGGCGCAGCUGCCCGGGCUGCCUUCGCUGUCCUACCCGCGCCGCGACAACGUGUGCUCGCUGCCCUGGCCGUCGGCGGAGCCGUGCAAUGGCUACCCGCAGCCCUACCUCGGCAGCCCGGUGUCUCUCAACCCUCCUUUCGGCCGCACGUGCGAGCUGGCGCGCGUGGAGGACAGCAAGGGUUACUACCGCGAGCCGUGCGCCGAGGGCGGCGGGGGCCUGAAGCGUGAGGAGCGCGGGCGCGAUCCCGGCCCAGGAGUCGGGCCCGGGGCAGCGCUGCUGCCGCUGGAGCCGUCGGGGCCGCCAGCGCUCGGUUUCAAGUACGACUACGCGGCAGGCGGUGGCGACGGCGGCGCGGGGCCCCCGCACGACCCGCCCUCGUGCCAGUCGCUGGAAUCCGACUCCAGUUCGUCCCUGCUCAACGAGGGCAACAAGGGCGCCGGCGCAGGCGACCCCGGAAGCUUGGUAUCGCCUUUAAACCCCGGUGGCGGGCUCGCGGCCAGCGGAGCACCCUGGUACCCGAUCCACAGCCGCUCACGGAAGAAGCGCAAGCCCUAUUCGAAGUUGCAGCUGGCGGAGCUGGAGGGCGAGUUUCUGGUGAACGAGUUCAUCACACGGCAGCGCCGGAGGGAACUCUCAGACCGCUUGAAUCUUAGUGACCAGCAGGUCAAGAUCUGGUUUCAGAACCGCAGAAUGAAAAAGAAAAGACUUCUGUUGAGGGAGCAAGCUCUCUCCUUCUUUUAGGGGGCCAAGACACUGGUGCCAGCCCCAGACUGAGCCUGUCUCUGGCGGACAGCAAGAGGGGGUGCUGCCUGGGACACAGUCCCCGCUUAGAAUGCCAGGCGUCUCUUGCAGGUCCUCCCUGGACGUCCUCUUGUCUCUUUUGUUCGUGGUUCCCUCCCACACACCCCCAGCAGACCCUGCCAAGUCCCAGAGACAAGGGAAGAACCCAGCCAGGGAGAGA